UUUGACAGUCGAGCCGUAAAGCACACAUAAGCGAUAAGUUACAUUAGUUCCAGUGAUUGUGUGAUAUCGGACUCAUUGUUCUCGAUAACUUCGAAACUACAUCUCUGUGCUUUUUAAUCGCCGUCUGCUGAUCAGCCCGUGGGUUUUUUUUUCUCCUUUUUUUGCAUGUGUACUUCCGCGUACAAUGUUUUUUUCCCACUGACACACGGCAACUUUCGAACAGGAAACCUAAUAGACGCAUUGCCUGUCGUUUUCUCCGAACUUAAGGGAGCCUCCUCCAGUUGCAGAAUGGAUGGUGAAGAUGCCCACAUCGGGCAGGGUGUGUUUGGGGCUCAUUGCUCUAACCCAGCCAUGAGCAUCAUCGGGGCUGAGGAUGAGGAUUUCGAGAAUGAUCUGAAUGAUGCGGGGGAUGACCAGUGUACGCUCUUUAACAAUAUAGAGCAGCUGAAGGAUCGACCAACCCACCUGCUGGUCUUCAUGCAACAUGUGUUUCUACAGUUUGACCCUGCUCCCUUGCUGUGUUACCUCCAUGCUGAUCUCUUCAAGACCCUCAGUUCCAAAGAGACCAAGAAGCAAUUUAUGGAGUUCUACAACACCUUCUUGGACAAGGGCGCAAUUCUCAGAGUGGCAAUGCCACCUCAUGUAGCCUAUGACUUGGACCGAACCCGUCCAGAUCUUCUCCCAGAGGACACCCAAAAGCGCUAUGCUCAGGACAUUCAGAACCAGCAGGUUGCUGAGGUGGCCAAACAGCUGGAAGAUUUCAAGCAGAAGAGGAUGAUGGGUAUGACCCCCAAUGAGGCGGAGCUGAUCGAUGUGGAGAGUCACUAUCCCACUGACCGCAUCCCGAUGGAGAUGAAGGAGAAGUCUGUGGCUGAGAACCUGCUGGACAAGAUGUCUGAGACACAACCAACAAUCGUCUCAGACGAGGAAAAAUGCCAAUCCAUCUUUUCAGCGGUGGUCUUCUACAUGAAGCACCUUGGGGUUAAAACCAGGGCAGUUGACAGUAAGAAGUCCAGAGGAGGCUUCUUCAGGAGACAACUAGUAAAGAACAAGAAGGAUGAAUCCACAAAGCCCAAACCCAGAGGGGUGUUUCCUGGCAUCCCCAGCUGGAUUGCAGGCAGCACUGAGGUCAAACCUAAAAUGGAGGCUGAAGUGGAAAAGGAGAAAGUGGUUCCAGAGCGCAAGGUUCCAGUUCCGGGCAGAGGCUCCUUGACCAACCCUGCAGCCCUUUCCCUCCCUAGCAAGAAUGCUGGUUCCAGCGUAGGCCCCACCUCCCAACCUGGGCUAGAUAACACUCAUGGCUCAGACAACAGCGUCAACACCCCCAACAUCCCUGAGUCUUCGCACAACGAGGGCCUCUCAAGCAAUCUCUUAGAGCCUCCAACCCAGUCAGAUGGGGGUGAUGUGUCCCCUAUUAGUUUGGGACGUUCGCUGCCCAUGGGGGAGCCCACCACACCCAGUGACACUCCCCCAGAGGAGAAUAUAGAGAAAGACAGACGGAAGACAAGUAGGAAAGUGGCUCGUAGCGAGAGUGCUCGCGUGGAUCGGCACUCUUCUCGUCGCAGAGGCUCUUCCCGGGCCAAACAGUCCCGCUCCCGUAGUGAUGUGGACCUGCAGCCACCUUGUACAACGACAACAACACCUGCCCCGCUCACCCCCCAGCACCUCCAUCCUGUUGAAGGACCAGUUUUAGUUCCCGAAGGGCCUGGCCACUCCCCAACCAGCCCCUCCCCACAGCUGGAGGAGAUGGAGCCACGCUUGCUGGAAUUUGAACAUGACCCACCCAACUGGAGGGAGCUGGCCUCCCCUGAAACGUUGUCUGGCCUCAGUAAGAAAGAGAUCAAGAGGCAGGAGGUGAUCAAUGAGUUGUUUGCAACAGAGCAUGCCCAUGUGCGAAUGCUGAGUGUUCUGCAGGUGGUCUUCUCAAAGCCUUUGGAGAGAGAAGAGCUCCUGACAUCCACUGAGAUUGCUGCCAUCUUCCCCAGCUUGGACGACAUCUUUGAAAUGCACUAUACCUUCUACGAGAACCUGAAGAAACUGCGUUUGGAUGACAACUUCAUUGUCAAAUCCAUCAGCACCACAGUGCUUAACAGGUUUGGCGGUCCAGAGGGGGAGUGGUUCCAGAAAUUGACAGCCCGGUUCUGCAGUCACCAGUCGUGGGCCUUAGACCAAAUCAAGAGCAGGCAGAGGAAAGAGCCACGAUUCAACUCCUUCAUACAGGAGGCAGAGAGUAAACCCCAGUGCCGCAGGCUGCAACUCAAGGACAUCAUUCCUAUAGAAAUGCAGAGACUGACCAAGUACCCGUUGUUGCUGGAGAACAUUGCCAAGAACACAGAGAACCCGGUGGAGAAGGAGAGGAUCCAGGAGAGUGCAGAGUGCUGCAGAAAGAUCCUCAACCAUGUCAAUGAGGAGGUCAAAGUGAUGGAGAACCUGUUGACUCUGAAGGACUACCAGCGUAGAUUGGACACAUCAGGGCUCAAACCCAGUAAUGAGCUUUAUACUGAGUAUAAGAACAUUGACCUGACUCAGAAGAAGAUGUUGUAUGAAGGUCCUCUGACCUGGAAGGUCACCAAAGAGAAAGGAAUUGAGGUGCAGUGUGUGCUGCUUGGGGACCUGCUCGUGCUCCUACAGAAGCAGGAUGACAAGAUGGUCCUCAAAUGCCAGAGCAAGAGUAACAUCGCUGUGCAGGAGGGCAAGCAGAUGCUGAGCCCUAUUAUCAAGCUAGACUCAGUCUUUCUCCGCGAAGUGGCCACAGAUCGAAAGGCCUUCUACGUGAUAUUUACCUGGGACAGCGGUGCUCAGAUCUACGAACUGGUGGCUCAGUCUGUUGGAGAGAGGAAAACCUGGACUGAUGUGAUAAAGGCAGCAGUGGAUGAUCUGAAGAAGAGUGGCGCACCCAUGAGGUUAACGCUGCCUUCUGGAGGUGGAGUACCUCCCUUCAGUCCCUCCACGCCGAAUGCCCCUUUGAGCCCGACCGAGAAUGGAGGUUUGAAAAGCAGCAGUGAUCGAGAUAAGGACAGCUUGACGGAAUACAAAUCAGGAGACUUCGUGCACAAGCUGAUUGAUUUCCUGUCAGAGAAAGGCUUUGACUUGAUAGGCCACUCCAACAGCGAACAGGAGAAGGUUGCCAGUGAUGCUUUGGAUGAUGUCAUGUUGAUGAAAAGGCUGUUGGUCAGCAGCAUCAGUCUAUCAGAAGACUCACAGCUUGAUGAAGAAAACGGAGAGGAGCAAUCACAGAGGCCCAGUCAAGAAAUGGAUAGCUGUCAGUUAACAGAAGAAAGCCAGACCACAGAAGGAGCAGCGGAGGAGGAGAAAGAAGGUGCAGGUACAAAAGGAGAGAAGCAGGGGAGCAUCAGUGCGCCCGUGGUGUUGUCCCAGGAGAGGUUGGAAGAACUGUACAGGAUUCUCCACAGACUGGAUGAACGAAUAAAGAUUUUACAGACUAGAGAAGAGGUGUACCACAGGGUCCAGGAGGCCAUUUCCAUGUUCUCACUGGAGGGAGGUAGCUUCCAGUAAGACACCAUCACGCCACCUGCUGGCCAUUAGAUUUUUACUGGUGCUGGUUUGGAGUGCAAGAGUGACGUUCAAAGGCUUCCCUGGAAAUUCCUAAACUUUCAUAAGUCCUUGCUGCCUUAUUUGUUUGUGUCACAGCUGUUUGCAGCCAAGCAGGAAGUUUUCUGCCUAACAGAGGGCUUUGUGCUCAGUGCAGUGGUUCAGUGAUCGAACAUGGGAGGUGUGUGCAUGUGUAUGUGUGUCUGUUUGUGUGCAUGCUUGGGCUGUUGUAUUUGCGUAGGGGUGCCAAAAAAGAAGCAAUAUUUUGCUGUGAGAGAGAUGCUGCCUAACAAAAUAUAGAGAUUGCAAUCCGCUGUAACACACAUCCGCACACCAAAGAUAUGCAUGUGUCAAAAUAAUUUACACUGUUGCCAAUAACAGAUGUACAGUUAGAUACAUAGAUCCUAUGUUUGCUUACAAAUUUAGCUAUACCAGGUGGAAGCCUUAAGGGGCCAAUGUAGCGUUUGAAGAUGUAUUGAAAUACUACUGCUGAUAUAUAAUGCUGUUUCUAGUCUACGCCAAAGUACCACGGAGAUGCACUUUUUUCUGAUCAAAACGAGUUGAACCCACACUGUUUUUGCAAUUGGGUUUCAUGUAGGUCGUCCUCAUUAUUGAAAAAAAUGCAUGCAAGAAAGUGUGCGUAUGUGUGUUACAAAGUUUUUAAUUAAGGACAUACUUGUUUGGAGGGUUCUUACUGUAAUUAGGUCACAUACAAACAUUUAUAAAUAGUGGCACUAUAGGUGAUCAUGCUGUUGAUAAUGGAGAUUUGUUUGUAUGUACCACUUUUAUUUAUUCCUCUGAGUCCUGUUAGGUCAGUGAGUUGCCUCACCUGAGUAAAACUGUUACAACACUGGGCCAAAAAGAUAGAGCAAUGUGUUAGAGAAAAGACAAAGCAUAAGAGGGCUAACCUAGAAUGUGUAACAAAGAUCAAGUUAGAGAGUGAAGAAUGCAGAUGUAGGGAUGGGGAGCGAGUUGUUGUUUUUGUUGCUUUGGUUUAUUUGAGGCCAGUUUGAACCAGACAGUCAUAAGAAGAUGUGCGGAAAACAUGAGAUUAGGACUUGCUGUACUGAAGAAAAAAGUAGACAGACAGAUGCAUAUACACCUACAAACACUGAUGGCCCAGUGUUACAUAAGUGUUGAUAAUGGUCUUUCAGUGCCAGUGUCGUUUUUGUAUCAUCAACUCCCCCCCAGAUAGGGUUUACAGCUCCUGAUCCAAAACACAGACUUAAGACGGCUUAUAAAUUGUAUUAUAUUACGUAAAAUUCACAUGUUAAUAGUAAAUGUCUUCUUCCCUGGUAGCAAUAUUUGUAUCAAAAUUGAGCUCUGUCUUUGUAUUUUAUUCAGCAGUUGAUUGUAAUUAUAAUUUUGAUAAUAUAAUUUCUGAGUAGUGGCGUAACUGUGGUCAUGCACACAGGACCAAAGACAUAAAGCACCGUUAGAUCCUCAUACAAGCUGUAAUUUUCUUAAUGGCAUGUUUCAUCUGUAUAUUAGCACGUCACUUAAUGCUGAUGCAGGAGUGAUGGCGCAGUAGUGCAGCAGCUGCUUUUCCUGUCCCCGAAAUUUACAAGGAUAAUGUUAGACUCCUCUUCACUUUUUUGAAUUUCAUCCUCACAAAAGAUUUUCUUCUGUGUGGGCCAGUCAAUGUAUGUAAAAGCCAGUUCAGCUGUCACAAGCUGUUCUCUUUCUGACCUGGAUACAGCACUGUUAACACCUAUAGUGCUAAACUGAACACACGAGACCUGCUCCAAAAAUGGACAAAACAUCAAGUCAGUGGAGAUACAAAGGAAACGUUCAGGCUUUGGAGGAAGGAAGACUACAGUCUCAUACCAGCAUCACUCUUAUCAGUACUGUAAUCAUGAUCACUUCCUGAUAUAUGUAUUCUCGUCAUUGUUGCCACAACAACAAACGCCCCCUCUGACUUUACUGAACAUCAGUAUGAAAUUAUGCAAAUCCUUGUGCCAUUAAGUGUGACAAGUUGCUAAAUUAUAUAAGUUUGUGUUUGAACUUUUCUGCCACUUCUCCCUGUGUCUUCCUCUUAGAAGUUGUUCAUAAAUGUUAUGUUGAAGGAGAAAAAUGGAGUGAAAGUAUAUAUUAGAUAAAUUAGCCCCCCCUCCUUAAUGUUUAUUGAACUUAUUAGCUACAUACACCCAUUGAUAACUCAUUCACCUCUUGUGAUAGCAUGAUCACCUUUUCCUGCACAGUUUUUUCAUAUGUUGUGUAUGUCAUUUGAUGUACUUAAACGGGUCGGGAGGUUUUUGUAAGUUUUUCUUUUUCAUUGAUUUUCAAAAAAAGCUGUUGUAAUUAUAUACUAUGCAUUUGGCUAUAAUGGUGAGAGAGGGAGGACUUGUCUAUAAGUUGUCUAUGCAUGAACAAAUUUAACAGUUAUGCAAAUGUUGUAACCAUGGCAUAUUCUUUAGAGUGCAAGUUAUUGUGCCAAAUCCACCCUGUGCUGUGGCCAUCCAGCUUACCAAUGGGAUAUGGUUAAAGAGAUGAUUUCAAGCAGUUAAACUGCAGUGGCCUGCAGGUGAAACCCUGUUAACACCAGCUUACAGUGAUGCCUUCAUGCUUCGCUGGCUGAAGGACUGCUACAGGCACUUCUCGCUCUCUCUGCUCCAGAUGCUUUUCCUCAUGUAAUCUAUAUACAAAUACUUAGAUGUAUAGAAAAUGUAUUUAUAGAGUGGUGCCUUGUUCUGACGAUCAAGUUGUUUGAUUCUUAAAGGGCUCUUGAGUCUACAAACACAAUCACUGUUUUUUUUGUUUUUUGUUUUUUUUUGUGGACUGUCUUUCAUGGAGGAUCUCAGACAAUGAGAGAAAAAGACCAAAUGACUAAUUAGCAUUGAGGCAUCAUCCCAGGAUUUGGAUUGGUUGGUUUCAAGGUUGAGGGCUUGGCCAACAACACACUGUUUUUGUAUCCAUCUCCAUUGCUGCAAUAGGAUUUGAGUCCUCCACCAACUCUGCCAGCCAGUGCCCUGUGUAGAAAAAGACACUGCUUCUUGUUAUGCAGGCAUCUGCCAUCUUGUAUUUCUAUAAACAAUGAAUAUGCAAGAACUAUACUGUGUAUUUGGGUUUUGAUUUUUAUUGUGUAAGAGGCUCUUUAAUAAUGUAUACUCAAGGAGAAUUGUGGUACGUUUGUUUUUUAAUUCUUCAUUUUUUUUAAUAAAUUGGGGAAAUAAA